UCCGUCGUCCCUUUCCGCAUCUUUUCUAGCUCGACAACAUCUCUUAUUUUGGAGACGAAGAGAACUGAACCGAACAGUCUUCCUUCCAUACAAUAAAAACUUGAGUAGGAAAGCGCAUGGAUGGCUGCCUCCCUUUUCUGCUUCUCCUACUUGCUUGCGGCCCUGCAACGAGAGACACGGGGGGUUUUAUUCCUCCUAGUCUCCUGACAUUUUUUAUUUUCUUUCCAUUCCUCUGGGGAGAGGCCACCACGCGAAGAACACGGCGUCAGAAGUAACCAGGAAGCUCCCUUCCGCGUGCAGACAAAGUCAUUGUCCGCUUCAGCCUCGCUCCGACCGAGGCUUCCGGGCCACAGAUUUGCAGGCGGCAUGGGGGGCGCUGGAGGAGCCCGAACUUUUUAAAAAAACGAAGCCCUAACCCUUUUGAAAAUAAUAUCUCUAUAUACAGACGCACAAACGCCGGUGCUAAUCCUCGCUCUUGGCACCGGAGAGGAGGAGGAGGUGGCGGCAUCUAAUCGCGGGCGAAUCACAGAACGAAGCGAGGCGGGCUCUUGUGCAAACGGGGCGCAGCAGGAGGAGGAGGAGAAGCGCGCGCGGCGCCUGGAGAAGCAGCAGCUGCUGCUCGCCCGUCCGAAGCUUUGCCAGGCGGCGGCGGGAAUUAAAGCUGCACACGCAUGACGCCGGCCUUCCGCAGCCGCUGCCCGGUCUUCUAGUCUAGGCUGACCCAGGCGAGGUGGGCGGGCCUGCGCGCCGCCGGGUUCCCCAGGAAAGGGCGGGGAGCGAGGCCGGCCUCCUCGCUGGUGUGGAGCAGCCUCUCCGGCGCCGUGUUUACAUCCGGCGCCGCUUGCCCUGGGCUGCCCUGCUCCUCCUCCUGGGCCUGGGCCUGCUCCUGCUGAAGCCGCCUUCGUUCCCCUAGGCCGGGUCAAUGCGGCGCUUUCCGGCGGGCUAUGGACACCAGCGACCUCUUCACCAGCUGCAAGAAGGGCGAUGUUUUCCGAGUGCGAUACCUUCUUGAACAGAGAGAUGUUGAAAUCAAUGUCCGGGAUAAAUGGGACAGUACCCCUUUGUAUUAUGCUUGUCUCUGUGGACAUGAAGAGCUUGUGCGGUACCUUUUAGCCAAUGGUGCCAAAUGUGAAGCAAACACCUUUGAUGGCGAGCGUUGUUUAUAUGGGGCCCUGAGUGAUGCUAUUCGGCGGGUGUUAAAGGAGUACAAGCAGAUCACAGCAAAGUGCAUGAAGAGAGACUACUAUGAUGUCUUCCUUCAACGACUUCUGGAACAGGGUUACCAGAGUGACAUUGUAUUCAUUGUGCAUGGGAAGUCUUUCUGUGCCCAUCGCUGCAUUCUCGGUGCCCGGAGUGCAUAUUUUGCAGAAAUGUUUGAGACCAAGUGGAAGGGGAAGAAUAUCAUAGCACUAAAGCAUCCAUUGAUCAACCCAGCUGCCUUUGGUUCCCUUCUCCAGUACCUCUAUACAGGCCGUUUAGACAUAGAUGUAGAAUAUGUGAGCGACUGCAAAAGAUUGGCAAAACAAUGUCGGCUCCAGGAUCUCAUCGAAGACUUGGAAACCAAGUGUAAAAAGGUGCAUGAAUUUGUUUCUUCCAAGCCAGGGACCUGUGUGAAGGUGCUGACGAUUGAGCCCCCAGGUAACUCGCGGCUACAGGAAGACCUGGCUCUGCUAGCAGACUGCGCCCUGCCAGCUGAACUCAGGGUAGGUUUUGGAGAGUUGCCUUUUGACAGCACUGACAACUUUAGCAGCUGUCCUGACGUUUGUUUCCGGGUGGCAGAAUACAAUUUCUUGUGUCACAAGGCAUUUUUCUGUGGCCGCAGUGACUAUUUCAAAGCACUCCUAGAGGAUCACUUCUCUGAAAGCGAGGAGCUGCAGACCCAACCUAGCAUCCCUGUAGUUACCCUCCAUAACAUUUCAGAGGAAAUCUUCAUCAGGGUCCUCUAUUACAUCUACAGUGAUGACACAGAGCUGUCUCCUGAUAAUGCCUACGAAGUGCUUUGCGUCGCAGACAUGUACCUGUUACCUGGGCUCAAGCGCCUUUGUGGGAGGACUUUGGCCCAGGUUCUUGAUGAGGAAAGUGUUGUCAGCAUCUGGAAGAUCGCCAAGCUGUUUCAGCUGACCCGGCUGGAGGACCAGUGCACGGAGUACAUGGCAAAGAUCAUUGAGAAGCUAGUGGAGUUUGAGGAGUUUGCUGUGGCAGUGAAGGAGAAUGCUGAGGCAGUCGAAGAACGGCAGGAGACAGACUCAAUCCCUCUUGUUGACGACAUCCGUUUCCACAUAACCAGCAACGUGCAAACAUACAGUGCAAUUGAAGAAGCCAAUCAGAAACUGGAAGCUCUGGAUAAUCUUCUGGCCAGCAUAGGAUUUGAAUGCUAAUCUGGGACAUCACCCUGUGUGACUUCACAGUAGAUCACAGCUCAGAGUUCCCUCUCCUCACCCCCCUGGGUUUUGUAGCUGCUUUCCCCUUUUAUGCAUAAUUUCAGUUUCUAACUUAACAUUCUGACAAUUGCAUACUGAUCUACCUUUCUUCUCCUGAGAACCAGGUCCCCGGAAGCAGCUCAGAUUUGAAAACAUUGCUGCUUGUACAUGAUAGUGCUGACGGGUGAUCUGCAAACCAAAUUUAAUGAAUGUAUUGAUUGGCAUAUUGUGAGGCUGCCAGAUGUUGCAGGCCAGCGAUGCCUAGUGAAAAUUGGUGCAGCCUGCAAGAACAUUGGCACAACACCUUCCUGCAAGCAGAUUAAAUUCAAGGCAGUCGCUGGUUAAGGAAUGAAUCAGACUGCCUUUCAUGAUCCAUAUUUUACAGGAUAAUUAGGGAGAUAGGCACUUUUACUUCUACAGGGCUACAGAAAUGUUGUGCUUGUGCAGUGGUAUCUGCAUUUGCCUGCUGCUUGCCUUGCAGAAAUGGCUGUGUUUAUUCAUCCUGCAGCCUUAUCUUCCAGAUUUGCACAGUGGGGGCAGAGCAGAACCUUGGCUUUCUAACCCAGAUGCCUUAUUAUUCAGCAAGCUCCUGUUCAAUUCAGGUGUCCCAUUUGUUUUUUAUUCCCCAUUUCUGCAGUUCUUACUGGAACACAGUAGUGCUCUACGAAAUUGCAUGGCUCGACUUUUGUCUCGAGUGCAAACACACUUGGCCACCUACUCUUUACAUGUUACUUUUGUAGAGGAUGCUCAAAUGCCGAUGUUUAGCAGUCAUGUGUCUGUUCCACUUCAAGCAUAGUUGUGACAUUUUGUAGAUAUUGCUGGGCUUGGAAGUUUAGUUCAGGUGGUUUGCGAAGUCUUCAAAUCCUGGUUUGGAGUAUGUGAGUGUAUGUGUGGCAUGCACUUCCUCCUUUCUCACGGAAGCAUAACUUAUUGCCCUAUUCAGGUAAUGGUAUGGGGUGGGUUGGGGUAUAACUGUCAUGCAACCAUCUUCACCCCGUGACCGCCCAGUGCCAAUACACUUGACCUCACAUUGGCAUAGAUCCAAAUAGCGUGAUCAACACAUUGCGAAAUUAGGGUCUAUGAAUCACAUUACUCUGGUAUAUGCAUGUUGGUGUACAGACAAGAAAGGCAGUGGCUCACCACUGCUCAAGAGUGUGUAGUGUGUCAUCUUCCCCCUACCCCUCCCUUUAGAAAUAGCAGGAGUUGGAGGCAACUACAAUCUGGGCUUGCUUAGUGCUCAUCCCACCAUCACUAAACUCUGCUGAAUUGAGUGAAACAUCUGCUUGUAACAAAGCUUACCAAGGCAUGUCCUUUAAGGCUGCCACAAGUUAGUAGGUUUUUUAACACAAACUCCUCUUAAAAUCUUCCUAACAAGCACUACUUUGAGACUUUGGCAAUUGGAGAACAUUUUGGGAGGAGGUGGGGAUGUGAACAACGCAGGAAAGGGCUGUGUUGCCUAACAUGGAAACUUUCCUAGCUAAGAUAAUGCAGUGGCUCUGUACCACAUACCCUUAAGAAUUAUGUGCUGUAUAAAUAUAAAUAUGACAAGGAGGCCCACUUUGGAUUAUCCUGGCAAUGUGAGGAUGAUUAUUCAUAUAUACAAAUACUAUUAAUCAUGAGUACAAUUGCAUUAGUAGAUGCAGUUGCUCUGCUUGAUGUAAUACUGGGCCUUCAGCUUUCCACUGAUAAGUAUUCACAAUCAAAGCAAGGUCAAGAACUUGUUUUUUCACUUUCCAUUGAUGGGUGUGAUGAAGUGAGAAACUUACAUUGGGUCUUUUCCCAUUUUCCUGCCUGGUUUCUUGAUUUGAACAAGAUAAUGACAUUAUAUAACCAUGUAAGCAGAGUCAGGGCUUACCAGAAGUUACUGCCUGCCAUACUGGAGAUUCAUCUUCCUUUAAAUGUUUUGUGAUAGAAUGGGAAAUGGUAGGGUGGGGGUGUCCCAGAUUCUACACCUGUAGUUCAUGUCCCUAGAGAGAUACAGUAGCAGGACUGAGUUUUUUGUGUUCUUGGCUCUAUCUCAAGGCAUAUAUAUCAUCCAUAUUUAUGUGAUGUUAUUCCCAUGCAGGCUCUCUUAAAUGAGGCACUUAAACUCUGACUUAUUUCAGUCUCUGCUUUGGAAUACACAGCCAUCCCAGUCUCUAAACAAGUCCCCUUUGAGCCGCCACAAAUCUACAGUUAGGGUCCAUGCAGUAUUUGACAAAUGAAACUAACUUGAUGUAGAAUUUGACACUUCUGACUCCUGAUUUUGUGCCAAGGAAAGCACAUCUCUUAAAAGAAUGGUACUUGUUCAAAAUCAUGUGGAGCAGUUAUGUUACGCAGAGGCAGCAAACUAAAAAACCUGGCCAAGGUAUUAUUUUCCCUACUUUUCACGAAAAGUAGUCACAGAAGUUAAGUUUGAUGCUAGAGUGUUUGGAACCUGGAUUGGCUAGGCAUAUUUUCUCUCCAUCGUGUUAUGGUGACAACUUGGAAGGGCACCUCACAGAAUAAAAGGGCAUCAUAUUGAAAGGGGCACAACUUGAUUAUUGAGCUGCUGAUUUCAUUCUGUUCCGCAGUCUUCCUGUUAUCAUGAAAAAGGAUUCAGUUGGCUAUCUGCUGAAUUUAGCAAACAAAUGAGGUUUAACCUUUUAGAGUUUAUGCCAAUACUGAAUUAUUGGGGCAAAAACAAACCAGAAGCACAGAAAGUUUUUUUAAAAAAAGGCAUACUAGUAUUUCUUCUUUCAAGUGUCUGGUAAAGUAAAUGUGAAAUAUAAUUAGUUAAUUGUCAAGAAGCAUGGCACCUGGGUGCUUCUGGUGAAAUGACUUCUGACUCUUUCUUUUAAUUGUAGAGCCAGUGAAAGAGUGGCUUUUGUUUUCUUGCCUAGUAACAAAGGUUUGCCCAGACUGCUAAAUAUGCUGGAGAAAUUAAGAAUGGAUUGCCAGUGUGAAUGAGUUUUAUAGUUGCAUUUCUAAGUUCAGCACAUUGGUGAAUUGUCCUAUCACUCCCAACUAACUGUCUGGUAGUAUUUAGAUUCUUGCCCUUUGCAAGAGGAAACAGAUACUAGGAGCCACACUUACAAGUGAAAAAUUGCCUAUUUAAAUAAUUAAAAAAUGAAAUUAAUGGAUUUCUAAUAUUUAUUGAACUUGUUUUUCUUGGCUAUUGGUUGUAGUUAUAUUGCAAGACAAUUUAAAUUUAAAUUGUUUCCUUUGUUUACAUUGGUUCUGCCCUCUGCUACUUGUUAAAAAUAAAGAGAAUGUAAAGCUUUUCAGAAUGGCAAUAUAAUAAUAAUAUAUUUAAAAGCUUAAUAUAUAAGCAUGUGUGCAGCAAUAAAGAGUUUAUUUCAUUAGA